AUGACCCAGAGCGGGGCGAUCGCAUCGCGCGCCGCCGCCGUCGGCGCGAACGCGGGGCGAGAUCGAUCCGAUCGCGCGGGGAGGCGCGCCGCGCACACGACGCGGGCGCUGCGACCCGACCGGGCCGAUCCCCUCCGGUCUCGCCACGCACCGGGCGGAGGAGGAAAAUGCGCGCGACGCGACGACGCCGCGACGCUCGGCGCUUUCCCGCCCGUCGCGCCGCUCGGCUUGCGCGCGCGCGGCGGCAGCGCGCCGACGCCCGCGCGGCGUCCCACGACGAGCGACAGGCGCGGCGACACGGUGGUGGUGCUCUUCGGCGUCGAUCCCGCGCCCGCCAAUCAAUCCAGCGGCCUCGACGCCGACGUCGGCUUCGGACGGCUCGCCACCGAGGAGGAGGCUGACGCGUCCGCCGCGGAGCGCCUCAAGCGGCUCCAGACCCUCGUGCUGCGCAAGAGGCUGUACUUCGAGGUCCUCGCCGCCGCGGAGACCACGGAGAGAGACCCGCCGGAGCGAUCCAAGGAGCUCCUCUCCAAGCUCGAAUCCCCGGAGGAACUCGGCGAGCUCAUCGACGAUUACGAAAACCGGUGCGAUCGCAUAGCCGACAUCGACGCGCAGGUCAACCGACUGAGGUCCCUGUGCGUCGCUCUCAUAGAAGAGAACGACGAGGGCCUCGCGCUGGCGUUCGAGGGAUCAAAAGUGGACGACGUCGUUACGUCCAUCGGCGCCAAAGUCGAUGCCGCAGUGACCGAUCUGUCCAAGCACGCGGCGGCGAUCCUCUCGUCGCUCCCGUACAAGUCCCUGGACGACGCCAAGGCGGCCGUCGGGGACGCCAAGGCGCGCCUCGACGCCGCGCUCGAGGAGGAGGGCGGGAACACCGCGCUCAGGCCGGUCGUCAAGACGCUCGACAGGGCGGCGACUAAGGUCAAGGGCGCGCGAGGUCUCGUGAAGACUGGGGUGAGCAAGCUCCGUGAGAAGCCGCUGAGCGCGGCGGCGUCUGCGGCGGACUACACCAAGGGCGUCUGGCAGCGGCUCAACGGUAAGAUGGACGGGAGCGCCCGAGGCUUGGACCCGGCGCUGGCGGGUCUGCCGGAGUGCAGCUCAAAGGCGGAUGAGAGGUCCCUCGCCGUCCUCAAACUUUCGCUCGAAGUUCAGGACAGGGAUAAGCAACUCGCGGACGCGUCGAAGGCCAGGGACCAGGUCGUCAAGAACUCCAGCAGAGAUGCGCUGUCGCGCGUGCGCCUGGCGCGGGAUAUCCGCGAGAGCGACGACAAGGUGAGCGACGUUCGAAGGAUAUUCGCGGUGCGAACGCUGCAGGUGGAGAUGGAGCGAAUCUUAUCUCAGCUCGAGGAGGAGGCUGCGGACGCGCCCUCGUUCGCGUUCAGAGCCGACGAGCUCGAGCUGCUCGUCGCGGAGUUUGGCGUGAUGGACGCCUCGCUUCGUAAGCUCGUCAGCGCCGUGGACCGCGGCGCGUCGGAGCUGAUAUCCGACGAGGAUCUCACCGAGUUGGCCACCGACAUUCCGGACCUGAAGGCCCGACUCGGCAUCGCCGACGACGGCCUCGCGAGCAUGAGCCUGGAGCUCAUGAGCGAGCGCGCGAAGAACACCGUGGACGAGUCGUGGGGUAAGCUCACCGAGGGAGCCGAGUUCAUGGCGCGCGGCGUGAAGAUGCUCGGCGGCGACAUCGUGUCGUCUGGCAGGUUUUUCGGGAGAGCCGUGAUGGGCAGCACGCUUCGCCCGCGCGAGGUGCAGACGAUUCGGCGAACGACGCUGGACAUCUUCACGUUCGUGCCGUUCAUCAUCAUCCUCAUCAUCCCGCUCACCCCCGUCGGUCACGUGCUGAUCUUCUCGUUCAUCCAGCGGUACUUUCCCGCGCUGUUUCCGUCUCAGUUUAGCUCGCGUCGGCAGGAGCUGAUGAAGAAAUACGAGGAGCUCUCGCUGCAGCUGAAGCAGGCUGAGCAGAACCAGGAGCUCAAGCAGGAGAGCGAGGCGAUCACGCGCGCGCAGGCGGCGGUGGAGUCGCUGAUGAUGGGCGGCGCGAGCGAGGCGGAGUUGAUGGCCGCGAUGGGGGGCACGGGGAGCAGGGGGGCCAGCUUUUUCGGGCUGAAGGGUUUGGAGCGGAUGCCCGACUCGAAGAAGGAGGCUGCGAAGGCGGCGGCGAUCAAAGACGUGGCGGUGGGAGACGCGGACGAGGACCCGACGAUUCGGGAGCUCCGCGAGGCUGCCACUCGGGCGGCCGAAUCGCUAGACUCGCACGACGACGACGACGAAAAGGGCGGCGGGUUCGCCCACUGA